AUAUAAAUGAACAAUAAUGGCAUUUCAUUAUUUUAGUCCUUUAUAAAAAAAGACCAAAGUGCAAACAUACCCACACUCAAAAAUUCAGGGAAAUUAAAAACCACCUCCAGCAUCAACAAGCAACCUUCCAUCCAACCAUGGCUAUGGCUUUCAAGAUGGCGACUACCGGAAUGUGGGUGACAGACGAGUGCAAGAACUCGUUCCAUGAGAUGAAAUGGAAGAAGGUUCACAAGUACAUCGUUUUCAAGAUCGACGAGGGAUCCAAGUUAGUCACCGUCGAUAAGGUCGGUGGUCCCGGCGAGAGCUACGACGAUCUGGCAGCAUCUUUGCCCACCGACGAUUGUCGAUAUGCGGUGUUCGAUUUCGAUUUUGUCACCGUUGAUAAUUGCCGGAAGAGCAAGAUCUUCUUCAUUGCAUGGGCUCCAACGGCAUCAAGAAUCAGAGCAAAAAUGCUUUAUGCAACCUCCAAAGAUGGGUUGAGGAGAGUUUUGGAUGGGAUUCACUAUGAAGUGCAGGCCACCGAUCCAGAUGAGAUGGGAAUGGAUGUGAUCAAGGAUAGAGCCAAAUAGAGAUGUGGAAAUGUGAUUAGACAAGUUUUAUUUAUGUUCUAUCCUUUAUAUGCCUUCCUUUUUUUCUUUUACUUUUACUUUUUGGUUAAUAACUCCAUCAAGAUGUGCUUUUUUUUUGUCACUUCUUUGUUGUUAAUGUGACCCUUUUAAUGGUUUCUAGGUUUUUGGUAGUAAUUUAAGGCAAAGUCAAUCCUCUAAUUUGUAAUAAUAUUUAACUAUGGUGGUUGUUUGCUAAUCUAGUGAAAAAGAAAAAAGGCACAUCUUCAUGUAACUUCCUUAGUCAUUUAUGAGGUGAUGAAAAAGGGGAAAUUAAUGGGACUUUCCAAAGUGCACCUUUGUACUUAUAAGUGACCUUAAACCUGUUCUGCUUACUUAUAUAUGGUUCAUCAUCAUAAACAUGCUCCUGAUCUUCUUCUUUUGUCA